CAACCUGCGCUGUUUGUCGGCUAACGCGUGCGGAUUGACCUCCGUUGUCGGAUUGCCACUGAUGCCGAACCUGACGUUCCUCCAGCUGAAUGACAACCGUCUCGGGUUCGCGGAGAACAACCCCCCAGCUGGCGGCCCUGGCCCGGACCACGCCUAAUCUGAAGCGCCUGACGUUGGCCAAUAACGGCAUCAUCACUGUCCAACAGCUGGAACCACUGAAGAACCUGCCAGCCCUGCGGACCGUGGACCUCUACUCCAAUACCGUCACCAGAGCCCAUCAUCGGCAACUGGUUUUGGCGGUACCGCAGGUCGUGCGUUGGGAUGGUGACGGCGGGGACUUUGAGAGUGACAGCGACGAAGAAAUGAAAGAGCGCUUCAUGUUUAUAGAACCGGCAACGGACAGCGAAGAAGAAGACAAUGACGACGACGAAUCCAUGGCCGAAUCAGAUCACACUUGGAUUUUGCCUGGUGCCGAAACUCCAGACUGGAUGCACAGCAGCGAUGAAGAAAUGCCGGACUCGGGCUCGGAGGCUGAAGACGAAGCAGACGGCAGUGGAGGCGACGACGUAAUUCCGGACUCGUGCUCGGAGGCUGAAGACGAAGCAGACAGCAGUGGAGGCGACGACGUAAUUCCGGACUCGUGCUCGGAGGCGGAGGACGAAGUGGAUGAAGAGGACGGCAGUGACCACGAAGGCGGCGGCCAGGACGACGGCGACAAGAAGGACAGCGACAAUGGCAAGGACGACGACGUUGUUUUGGUUGAGUAA